AAACUGUUAGAUGCAUGAAAGACUGCUGAGCGUAGGUCGAAUGAAUAGAGUGAUAUGUAGUGCAGAUGGGCAGAGAAAGGGAUAGAGAAUUAUGUUCCUAGGAUUGCGAAGAGCAAGCGAUGGGCAGAGAGACAAUAGACUGAAGGCAGAUAAACAGAAGGGGCGUGUUGAAGACGGGCAGAUAAAGUGAGAGAGAGAGAGAAAAAUCUAUAACAUUAUGUUCUCUAUUUGGAUAAUAGAGAAAAGAACUAAUGGGCAUUGGGACAAUAGUCUGGAGGCAGAGGAAGAGAAGGACCAUUUUACUGAUGGGCAGAGAAAGUGAGAGAGAAAUAUAUACAUUUACGUUCAGGGUAACGAAGAGAAAAAGAAUUAAUGGGCAGUGGGACGACAGACUGAAGGCAGAGGAAGAGAAGGAACAUUUUGGAGAGGGGCAGAAAAAAGGGAGAGUAUCAACGAGCAGAGGAAGAGAAUGACCAUGCUGCAGAAGCGUAGAGAACGGGAGAAUGAGAGAAAGCAAUAAUUCUAUUCCUCCAAUGAUCAGCAACAUGUGCCGAUGUCAUGAAUCCGCAACUUCUCCUCUACCGUCUCAUUCCUCGCUCCCAGGAUGUGUCCGGUAAAUACAUUGACACAUCACAGGCUCACGUCACUACAGUGUCCACACCGGGUGAUAAUGGCCAGUUAAUGAGAAUAAGUUGGCGCGAGACGCCGGGCUGGCUUCAGCUCUUGUUCAGGCUGCUGGCGUUGAUAGAGAGAUGUACUAGCGUGCAGACCAACACUUUUCAAGCCAGAUAUUUUUUUUUUUGACGUAACACCUGCCAGUUAGGACUUUAUCCAUUGUCUCAUCGCCUGACUCGGAUAUUCUAUUUGCUCUUCUGUCAGUGCAGCUAACUAAAAAAAGAACCAGGUUUCCAAUUAUUUAGCACAUUUCAAAUACACUCUGUGCAUCUGUGUAGUGUCAUUCGGUUCGAGAUUAUGUUCUUGGAAUAUCUAAAUCUGUUCUACAUAUAAAACAGAGGACUUCAAUCUGAUUAAACUUUUAUAUAGGAUGUUAUGAACAUCGGACUCUAUCUCCAGAUACUCUGAGACUUAUAUAAGCUAUGUCAUAGUCGUUGUGACAAACUCACAUCAAAAUUUAUGUCACUUCAGAUUAAGCCAUGUGAUGAAUCUGCUUUGUGACAGGUCAACUGCUGACCUUGACCUCAUUCGGAAAACACUGUGUCCAUAAGAUCACUUCGUUUCCUGAACCCAGUACUCAGUAUGAUGCUAAAUUCGGACCAUUCCAUUCAGGACUUUAGGGGAGAUCAGGAAGUGUGCAUCUUUUGAGCAGAGGAUGAGCUACCCCCAUCGGCACCACAUUGGCGGCGAUGAGGGGUCCAGUCAGAAUAUGUUGACUCUACAGGUGGGCAGGGCGGACAACGAAGACUGCGGAGAUGGCGAUGGUAAAGAGGGCGACAUCAGAGGGAGCAACAGCAGCAUCGGAGGAGGCAGCGGGAAGGGUGCGGAAGAAGGCGACGACGAAGGAGGAGGGCCCAGCAGAAAGCAGUCCAGGAUAUCCCCAUCCUCUCCUGACCCGCCCCGACUAGCGACCACUAGGGUCAACAUCCGAGGUUUGCUGAAGAGGAGCAAGACCUCCAAAAACGGCUGCCCCGGCAUGUUCCCACACUCUUUGGAGGUGGAGUACUCCCCGUCCUCUUCGGGCACUUACCCCCCUUCCGUGGAAGCCAGGGGCCUCAACGCCUCCGUGGACAAAACCUACAACAAAAUGCUGGAAAGUAAGGUGACGGCCUCGCGUCUUCAUGGCAAGACGUCUCUGCAGGCGAGGAUCUACAACUUUCUGGAGAGACCCACAGGCUGGAAGUGCUUUAUUUAUCAUUUUACAGUAUUCAUGAUGGUCCUAAUCUGCCUUAUAUUUAGUGUGUUGUCUACUAUUGACCAAUACACUGAUUUUGCUAUGGAAACAUUAUUUUGGAUGGAGAUAUUUUUAGUGUGCUUCUUUGGUCUUGAGUAUGUGAUCCGCCUCUGGUCAGCAGGGUGUCGUAGCAAGUACAUGGGGAUACGUGGGCGGAUACGAUUCGCGAGGAAACCUAUCUCUGUCAUAGAUUUAAUUGUUGUCGUCGCUUCCAUCUGUGUGUUUACAAUUGGUUCAGAAGGUCAAGUGUUUGCCACCUCCGCCAUUCGAGGUGUUCGCUUCCUACAGAUACUUCGAAUGUUACACGUUGACAGACAAGGCGGCACAUGGAGACUGUUAGGGUCUGUCAUAUACCUGCACAGACAGGAACUUAUAACAACGCUGUACAUUGGGUUUUUAGGGUUAAUUUUCUCUUCCUACUUCGUCUAUCUUGCUGAGAGAGAAAACGGAAGGAAGGAUUUCUCCAGCUAUGCAGAUGCUUUAUGGUGGGGUGUGAUUACUGUGAUGACUAUUGGCUAUGGAGAUAAAGUCCCGCAGACGUGGCUGGGAAAAAUUGUGGCUUCCUGUUUUGCUGUGUUUGCUAUUUCAUUCUUUGCCUUACCAGCUGGAAUUCUGGGCUCAGGUUUUGCACUUAAAGUUCAACAAAAACAAAGACAGAAACAUUUCAACAGACAAAUCCCAGCUGCUGCAACUCUUAUACAAUGCUUGUGGAGAUGUCAUGCAGCAGAACCACAUUCCAAUUCUGAAGCUACCUGGAGAAUCCACAUUCAUGACCCAUCCAGCGAAGAGACUGUCUUCACACGCAUGGCCAGAAGAGCCAGCCUGUCUUUGCGCAAGCGCAGGAUGUCUCGCCUGGACUCCACCAGCACUGUCCCCAACCAUUUGUACAGAGAAUCCAUGUCUUCUUCAAUGUCAUAUGCUGAUGAAAGAAUGGGUAAAAUGAAUAAAUCCAACAGGAAAGACAGCCAUCGCACCAGUAUCUGUGUUGGUGAAAGUAAUGCCAAUGAUGACACAGAUUAUGACCAAGAAGAACCUGAGAAAGUUCAACAGUUAACUGAGCCUCAUAAAACAGCUAUUAGAGUGAUCAGGAAAAUAAAAUAUUUUGUUUCAAGAAGAAAGUUUCAGCAAGCAAGAAAACCAUAUGAUGUUCGUGAUGUCAUUGAACAAUAUUCUCAAGGUCACCUCAACAUGAUGGUCAGAAUAAAAGAACUGCAAAGAAGAUUGGAUCAGACUUUGGGAAAACCUAGCAGCUUAUACACAAGUAAUUCUAGAGACAGAGAAAAAAUGACAAUAGGUGCCAGGAUGGUCAGAGUGGAAACUCAGGUGAAUCAUAUGGAUAAGAAAAUGGAUCAAGUACUUUUCCUACUGAAUGCCCUUCUGAAGUCAAAGGGAGGCAAUGAAGAGUCCAAAGAAGUGGAAGUUUAAGACAUACAUUUUUGGGCCUUUAUCCCUGCACUCAUUUUUAUGUAAUUUUAAAUCUCCAUGAAUAUAAUCUGCCUGAAAAAAAUUAGUAGCAUUCCACUGAGGGAUGAUUCAUCCUCGCACCACAAACACACUAACCCAUUUACUUACUUACGACUUGAAAUUCUUGUACACCAUUGGAGCAUUGGGCAGCAAGCUUUCUUCACAGAGAUUGGUCCCAAGUUACUUCCACAGCUAGUGCCUACAGAUUUAAGGUCUUCUAAGGUGGUUAAA